UGCCUGGAGCCCUGCAAGGAACCUGGAGAUUUGAGAAAGCAUGAAUGUCAAAGCUUCUGUGAGGCUCUAUUCCCCAAGAAGAAUUACGAGUGCUUGACUAGCUGUGAGUUCCUCAAGUACAUCCUGUUGGUGAAGCAGGGAGAUUGCCCCGCACCGGAGAAAGCCAGUGGAUUUGCAGCGGCCUGUGUGGAAAGCUGUGACGUUGACCAUGAGUGUUCUGGGGUAAAGAAAUGUUGCUCCAAUGGCUGUGGACACACCUGCCAGGUGCCCAAGACCCUGUACAAAGGCGUACCACUGAGACCCCGGAAAGAGCUACGAUUUACUGAACUCAAGUCUGGACAGCUGGAGAUUAAAUGGUCCUCAAAAUUCAAUAUUUCCAUUGAACCUGUAAUCUAUGUGAUACAACGACGGUGGAAUUAUGGCAUCCAUCCCAGCGAAGACGACGCCACACAUUGGCAGACAGUGGCCCAGAUCACAGAUGAGAGGUUGCAUCUGACCGACAUCAGACCCAGCAGGUGGUACCAGUUCAGAGUGGCUGCUGUCAAUGUGCAUGGGACCCGUGGCUUCACAGCCCCCAGCAAACACUUCCGCUCUUCCAAAGAUCCAUCUGCACCAGCAGCCCCAGCCAACAUUCGGCUGGCAAACUCCACUGUAAACAGCGAUGGGAGUGUGACUGUGACAAUAGCUUGGGACCUCCCGGAGGAGCCAGACAUCCCUGUGCAUCACUACAAAGUGUUCUGGAGCUGGACAGUCAACAGCAAGUCACUUAUCCCAAUGAAGAAGAAGAGGAGGAAGACUACAAAUGGGCUGCAGAACUCUGUGGUCCUGGAGGGACUGCAAGCUGGCUGUGACUACACGGUGGAGCUCCAGGCCAUCACUUACUGGGGGCAGACACGCCUCAAAAGUUUGAAGGUGUCCUUGUACUUCACGGCGACCCAUGCCACUAAGAACAAAGAGCAGCUUGGGAAAACACGGAAAGAUGUGACUCAGUCUCCCUUCCAGCGAAGACGACCUCCUCAGCCCCUGGAGAUUGGAGCUCCGUUCUAUGAAGACAACCAACUGCAGGUCAAACUGUACUGGAAAAAGAUCGAAGAUCCAAAUGUCAAGCGGUACCAGGUGCAGUGGUUUCCAGAACAGUGUGCCCAUAACAAAACAACCAGAGUGGAGACGUCAUCUGGCAUGACCCACGAAAAUUACAUAAUUCUUCAAGACCUGUCAUUCUCCUGCAAAUAUAAGGUGACCGUCCAACCCAUGCUGCCGAAGGGUCACUCAAAGGCAGAAUCCGUUUUCUUUACUACGCCACCAUGUUCCUCUUUGAAGGGAAAAAGCCACAAGUCCAUAAAUUGUCCUGGAGACCCAGGGCAUGGUCUUUCCAAAGUGCUAGCCAAGCCAGAGAACCUCUCUGCUUCGUUCACUGUCCAGCAUAUGAACAUCACGGGCCACUUUUCUUGGAAGAUGAUGAAAGCCAAUCUGUACCAGCCUAUGACAGGCUUCCAAGUGACAUGGGCAGAGGUCACCACAGAGAACAGACAGAACAGUCUGCCCAACAGCAUCAUCUCACAGUCGCAGAUCUUGCCUUCCGACCACUAUGUACUAAUGGUGCCCAAUCUGAGGCCAUCCACCCUUUACAGGCUGGAAGUACAAGUGUUAACCUCAGGAGGGGAAGGUCCUGCCACCAUCAAAACAUUUCGCACCCCUGACCUGCCACCAUCAUCCGCACACAGGUCUCAUCUUAAGCAUCACCACCCACACCACUACAAGCCUUCUCCCCAGAGAUACUGAAGGAUUACAAGGUGCCUAAACGUUGCACAGGUGCGACGCGGCCUUGAAGUCAACAACUAGACAAGUGGGUAGUGAUUUUUCCUGUGCUGCCUAUAGUCACUGAAGAAAGGACUUCAGUCAAUCACAGACACAUCUAGAAGAAACAAGUUGCUAAUAGUCAACACUGAAGAUGGACAUCAACUGCAAAGGAAAAGGAAGAAAAGAAAGAAUACGUUGAUUUAACUUGGAAUUUGAUUGAUUGAAUAUGGUUUUUGUAACCUCUGUUCAAUUACUGAAGAGAUGAAAUUACCUUGAAUUUGAGCCAGCAAAUUCUCCAAAACCGUACUGCAUAGAAGCUAUAGAAUUCCUGCACAGAGUAGGCAUAUAUUUAAUCGGUACAAAAGAUUAUGAUUAAAUGAUUUCUUUGAUUCCUGCAAUUAACUAAGACUGUGGUCUUUCAGCAUGAGAUCUGGAGAUCUAUCAGAAUGUGGUUUUUAUCUCAGAAAAUUUUAAUUGAAAGUUUAUAACGUGAAUUGCACCCAUCUUUUUUUAUUUUGCUACAAGAUCUUACAUAACCCAGGUUAGCUUCCAAUUCAGGAUCUGCCUCAAUUUUGCAAGUGCUAGGAUUAUAAGCAUAUGCCACCACACCUAGCUCUUGUGUUCAUAUAUUUAAAUGUAAAAAUGUUCCCAUUGUAAGCACACUUUAGUUCUUUUAAAAACAAAGUAAAAUGAAAGCUGAAUUUGUAAUGUAUGAUUUACAAGAUAUCUAAAGGCAGUCGGGCGGAUGAAAUAAGAAUUUGCAUUAGAAAAAUUAAAAUUCUUUUCUCCUGGUACUCUCUAACAUGUCAUCACCCAACUGCACAACUCACUAGUGGUAGAUAAAGACGCAGGUCCUCUAAAGAUCUUAAGGACAAUAGAUUUUCUUCGUGAUUAAGCACCUAGGAAGGCUUCCCAGCUUCUCUCUCAAGGGCUGCAGCACGAAAAGCAGGCGUGUUAUCUGUGCGUGUCCAUAGAGGGCUUCGCUGCUCCAAUGCCUGCAGGUGCGUAGACUUUUCUUAGGAUGGUGCUCACAGGCCCCCUGAGUCUUCUCUGCAGGGACAGAGGAAAACCGGUCUCAUCAGGAUGCUCUUAUCUGGAUGUCCGCGCAUAUUUUACCAAACAGUCUGGGCGUGUGGACAAAAGAUAAUGGAAUCUGUUUCUUCUGCGUCGAAGUAUUUUAAAGGCAGAGCAUGUACAGAGAGACGCUCGCGGGUUUUGUAUGAGCAGCACACAGCGGUGAGCUCAGAAAGGGAGUUGGGGUGGGUUGGAAGGGCUCAGCAGCCGCUGUUGUAAGUUAGGACAGAGAAACGGAAAAGUGACUUGGAAGUCAGCAGCUUCUGAGAGUCUGUCCAUGCAAACAAAAGGAAGGUUUCUUCCUUCAUAAACCCGCCGGGUAGCGUAGUAGUAGCAGCAGCCUCUGAAUUUUUAGAUCUUCAAAUUUCAAACAUUUAAACGGAAUGAUUGGUUACACGUUUAUCUUUGACCUUAAUUUGUUGUGAGAUAUUUCAAUUAUUUAUGGCGGCAGCGUUUUGUACUAUUGUAUAGUUAAAAAUGUAAGAGUAUAUUCAUAGACACAAAAUACUAUUAAAUUAUAUGGAAUUUAAUUUUAGAAAGUUUAAUUAUGUUCUUUUUUCUGGGUAAAAGGUAUGGAACACUACAUAGAUUUUUAGUGCAGUGAUGUCUCAGAAACAUGCCCCUUCCUUCAAAAAUUCAGAACUGCAUUUAUAAAUGUCUGGUUUUGCUACGUUAUUCAAACAAUUAAAUUUUAUUUGUUACUAGAAGGAAACGCUAUCCAUAAAAUAAUAAAAGAACUAAGUUUAUCUUGAAUAUUGAUCUCCAGUAAAAACAGUUAAAAAUAUGAUUUUAAUUUUUUUGUGUUUUUAGUUUUAGAAGGAAGUGUCCUGAUAAAUUGACAAAGUCCGUUUCCAUCCUGGAAAAGUUCUAAUGUCUCGCUUUCUAUUAUUUGUAUUUCUCUCCUAUUAAAAAAAGCAGCAGUGACAAUGAGUGUUUCAAAACUCAAAAUUAUAAUAUUGAGUUCAGACAAAAAAGAUUCUCCUCAAACAUAGCUGCUGAGCUCAGACCAAGUUUCAUCUUGUGUGUUCUUUUCAUUGAGAAUACUCAUUUCUUGAUGAUGAAGUUUUCUGUUCUACACUUUUUUUUUUUUUUUGAGACAGGGUGUCACAAAACUGGGCUAGUCUCAAAGUCUGUAUGUAGCUGGAGCUGCCCUCCUGACCCUCCUGUCUCCAUCUUCUGAGUGUUGACAUUACGACUGUGAGUCACCAUGCACUCACUAUCUUUGUGUCAAUGGGGAGGAUGGAGCCGAUCUUUAUGCAUGCUAGACACACACUGUAUCAACUCGGCCUCAUUCCAGCCUGUCAUGUUUUUUUUCUAAGCAGAGUUCUGUAGAAUUUUUUUUAACCAAUCUAAGAUUUGUCAAUUCAAAUCAUUUGUUAUUUAAUAUGACAUAGAGGCCUCACCAGUAGCAAGGGGUAGUUCACACGUCUCUGCCUUGCAGUUCAAAGACCCAAAUUUUGCAUUGAUGUCCAUUGAAGAACCUAAUUACAAGACUGAAUGUUGAGUUGUGUCUCUAUGAUGCAAGUUCAAAUAUUAACUCUGCCCCGCAUACCUGUAAAUGCCAUUCAGGAUAGCAAUUUAUUUAUUUAAUUCCUUUUCUUAUCCAUUGUGACAGUGGUUCCUCGAGGUCACACAUUCCUGUGGUUACAGCCAACUCUCAGUCUUGUGAAGCAAACAUUGUCAUUCUAACAAGAACACAGACUGCAUGUCCAUUAAAGCUGGUUUUAAAAUACAAGUGGAUCCAUGAGGUGUUGAUUCAGCAUGGCCUUGUUUGCUGUCAUGUAUUGGGUGUGGGCUCUGAUGGCUGUCUGACUUCUACUGAAUACUUUAGCAAGAUAUACAGUUUACACAGUGAUUAACAAAGGUCUAUACAUAGUUAUUGCUUUUCCUUCACUUACUAUUGUAGUGUGCAGAUGAUAAAACUGUUCCCACCUUGUUCAAACAGCCUAUGACCUCUCCUUCCUUGUGCUCGUGUUAAAGUCAAUAUUUAUUUAUGUAUGUAAUUAAAAGGUUUGGUUUCUGUGUGUGUCUAUCAUGCUAUGUAGACAGAAGUAAUCUUGUAAAAAAUUCUUUGUAAAAAAUACAAAAAAUAUUGUAAAUAGUCCAAUAUUCUGUGAUCCAUCUUUUCCAUGUUAUGCUUUGUACAUAGAUUCAUUAAUAAAGUAUGCUCAA